AUGUCCUCCGAGCAUUCUCUCCCAGAUCCAAGAAUCAUCGAGGAGUACUGGAAAACAGCCUUUGGCAUGGCUUUCCCAAACGUUCCGAAUGAUAUGACUGCGCGUCUAGACGAGCUUGGAACCUUUCCAGACUUGUCGAUGGUGACCAGCGAUGAUGCCAGCCUGACCAGCCUGACCAGUUGGAAGCACCCGCCGUCCCCUGUCCAGACUAGUGCAAGCCCUCCAAGCGUACCCACUAGUCCUCAGCAUCGAAACGUUGCCGUGAAGUAUUCUGCAGGACGUGCGAUGAGCGGUGUCGUUCCAGCUCCGGGGACAUCCUUUACCAGAGCACCAAACAGCCUGCUCACCGUUACGACGCCAAACGUAGGUGCUAUCACAGGACCUGCCUCUCCGUCUUCAGAAAUCGUGGUCGGAUCUCCUUGCCCUCGCUGCAGCCGAAUUCACCCACGCGCGGUUCGUGCAGAAGCCUGUCUGAACAAAUGGCAGGAUAUCCGUCCGUUUGCUUGCGGUGGUGCCUGUGGUUUACUUGGGUGGUGA